CGAAACUGAAACUUUGCGGCGGGCGCCGCGGACCCGAGCCAUGGCCCUCCGCCCGCCGUCCCCGCUGCUCGUGCGGGUGCCCCAGGCCGGCCCGCGGACGCGCUGGAAGCUGGGGGUCUACUUCCAGAGCCGGAGCUCGGGCGGCGGCGAGUGCAGCGUGCAGCCCGCCCACCCCGGGGACCAGGUCACCUUCCAGGUGAAGUUCUUGGAAAGGGCAGCUAAAGAGAGAGUCUUGAAGAAAGAAAAACAUCAAAUUAUCGUUGACAACAAACUUCUGACUAUUUUUCUGGAGCCCACUGAGAAUCCAGUAGAUUCUGGAAUGUCUUCGCUGACACAGUCACAGAAAGAGGUGAGGUCUGAUGAGAAGCAUCCAGAGGGAGAAGGUAUUCCUAAUGCUAUGGAUUCCUGUCUCCAAAAGAUCUUUCUUUGUGUCAUGGCUGACCUGAAUUGUAACCUGUUCUCUAAAGAGCAGAGGGAACAGAUAACCACUAUCUGCCCCGAGGUCAAAAAGAUGGAAGGGCACGAUGGAAUUGAGAAGGUGUGUGGCACCUUUGGAGAUAUUGAAAAAAUACAUCACUUCUUGAAAGAGCAACUCCAAGAAAGCGGGCACAGACAUGAGUCUUCCCUUUGGACAGGGGAGAGGGAGCUGCGCCCUCAGCAGGACCAGAACAGCUGUGUUUCCCCCUCCCAACCAACAACCAGGGCAGAAGAAAAAAGCAGCCAUCUUGAAAUUCCCUUGCCUUUCUUUGAAUACUUCCAAUAUAUCUAUCCUGAUACAAUAAACUCAAUACAGAAAAGAUUUGGUGUAAAAAUAAGAGUUCAGGAGAGUUCUCUGAAUACUGUCAAUUUAGACUUCACCUCCAAUCAAUCAGGUGACCUCGAAGCUGCUAAAGAGUCUUUUUUCAGUGAAUUUCAGAAAACUGCAGGACUGCUGGAGCAGGAAUGCCUUGCUUUUGAAGACAGUAAGCAGGCAAAUAAGAUCAAACAGGAAUUGAAUCAACGGUUUACAAAGCUCCUUAUAAAGGAGAAAGGAAGGGAAUUAACUCUCCUUGGGACACAAGAUGACAUUUCUUCUGCCAGAUAUUUUUUUACCCUAAAAGACCCUGAAAAUCUUGUCAUGGGACCUGUGAAAAUAUCGGCUCUCACAUGCCUGAAUAAUGGGAUUGAAGUUGACACCGCUCAGUAUAAGCUUGUAGAAGCUGAAUUACUCCAGAAGGUGAAAGAGAUAGAAGAAAAGUACAACACUCAAUGUGAGAUUUGUGGAAACAUUAAGAAAAUGCGCAUUCUAUUUGAACCUAAGGACAAGGAACUCGAUCUGUCUGUCCAUGCUUACGGAAGUUUCAUCGAAGCCUAUCAACAUGUGUCAAGUCAGCUGGUAAGAGAAGUUCUUUCGCUGAAACAUCUGGGCAGAGAGAGAAAGCUCUUACAUGGGACCAAGUUCGCUGAUGACUUUAGAACAAUGCAUCCAGACAUACACUUCGUGCUAAAUCAAGAGUCCAUGACUCUGAUUGGGUUGCCAAGUCACCUGGCAAAGGCCAAGCAGUAUAUCUGUAAAAAAGUGGAAUUGUCCCUGUUGGCUGGAGAUCAAGGGAAUGAGGACCACGAAACACCCAUGGACACUGACAGUAAUGAUUCAGAAAUGGCUUCCCCAACACUCCAGCACUCUGUCAGUUCUGGGGGGUCAGGGGAGGACAAGGAAGAGGACAAAUGUAGCAUCUGCAUGGACAUCAUCAGGAACAAACACGUGCUCUUGAAGUGCAAGCACGCAUUCUGCACCCCUUGUAUCGACAAAGCCUUGUCCUAUAAGCCGGUCUGUCCCGUGUGCCAGACUUCCUAUGGCAUCCAGACAGGCAAUCAGCCAGAGGGAACCAUGACUUUCGCAUUCCUAAAAGACUCACUUCCAGGUUAUGAAUCCUGCGGUUCCAUUGUGAUUGAUUAUAACAUGAAAGGAGGCAUACAAACAAAAGAGCACCCAAACCCAGGAAAGAAAUACUCUGGAGUACAACGAACAGCAUACUUGCCUAAUAAUGAAGAAGGAAAUAAGGUUUUGAGACUGCUUUGUAGAGCCUUUGAGCAAAAGCUGAUUUUCACAGUGGGAGAGUCUCGAACACUAGGAGUCUCAGAUGUCGUUACAUGGAAUGAUAUCCACCACAAAACGUCCCGUGUUGGAGGGCCACAAAUGUAUGGCUACCCUGAUCCCGAUUAUCUGAAACGUGUCAAACAGGAGCUGAAAGAUAAAGGAAUUGAGUAAGAAGACUGCAGGAAGGAUGUCUUGAGCCAAGCUAUCAAAAGACACAGUUGAAGAAACAUCUUUUUAAACUUUUCAUCUCCGAAAAAAAAAAAAAAAAACUUUUCCUCUCCGGACGCCUGGGUGGCUCAGCGGUUGGGCAUCUGCCUUUGGCUCA